CCGUUUCCGCGCGUGUACAAACGUAAACCGUGGGAGGACCUGCGCUCCUAGAGGGGUCGCGAGGGUGCGGCGCGCGGGGCGCGGGCGACGAGCGCGGCCGACACGGGUGGGCAGGUCUGGGGCUCCCGCGGGGGAGCCGUUGCCGCCGCCUCCCCGGCCCGGGGUGUGGGUUGCAGCCGUUGUUUACUUCUGCGCUCCCUCCCCCGCCGCGCCGCUGCCAGAGGCCGCCCCCCGUUCACAGCAGCCGAGUCGAGGGGGUCUUGUUCCGGAGCCUCCCGGCUGUGGGUCAAGCCUUGUGCGUCCUGCCAGGGUCGGGGAGUGAGUCAGGCCCGAUUGAUCGUGUGCGUGUUGGGGUGGGGGCCCGGCUGCCGAGGGAGCGUUCGGACACUGCGCAUCCCGUCAGCUUGGUGACGGUCAGUGUCAUGGCCGGGUUCGGCGGGAGCUGCCGGCGGGCGGGCCGGCCGUGCUUCCCGUGGGCAGUGAGGGCCUUGAGCGGUGACGCGGAGAACGAGGGCAAAAAGAGGGGCGUCGAAGGAAGGACCCGCCGGGAGGGGAGCAUCGAGUGUGGUGUCGUCCCUUCCGAGGGGAAUUCAGGCUCCCGCGGUGGCCCCUGUCCUCCGGGACUGGCUCCCCCUUUUUAUCAGGCCCGGGUUUCCCCCGUAAAACACCCGUCUUCAUCUCAGAGCUUUUCUAUUUGGAAAGAGGACCGUCUUUGCUAGGAUAAAACCACAAGCUUGUCUUCCUACUUUGCUAGGGAUAAAAAAAAAAGUAGAAUUUUCUCAGAUUCCCAUCGUAAAUCUGCCCGGACCACGGGUCCCUGCAGCCCGGUGUUUGCAGGCAGCCAGAGACCAGCGCUGGAGGUCUGGCUCCACAUCUGCGCGGUGGGGUCGUGGGCCUGGCUCUCAGGAACCUUCCCUCCAGGAGGGAAGACAGCUGUGCACACUGUGCGUGGCGUUCUGUAAAGAGCCCCUGACCUCCAGGCUCAUCACCAUCCGGACAGACGGACAGACAGGGCCGCCGGCUCCCUCGGCCCAAGUACCGAGGGUCUGCAGGCCCUUCCAGGCACUUCCCACCCACGCGCUCCUCGGGUUAGUCUCUUGACAUCUUCCUGCAUCCCCAGCGGCCAGUUUCCCAAAGGACCGCUCUUGAGAGCUGGUGAUGUAGCGCUGUCUGCUUCGCUCUCCUGCAGGAAAAGGUGGCCCUGCCCUACCCUGACCCCGUGUGUCUGCGUUUUCCUUUUUCAGGUGAGACGGAGCCGUCCCCUUCCCAUCACAGGGAGCGAGGGGCAGGCUCUGCUUACCUCUUGGUGGAGGGCUGCCUCCCCGCCCCCGCAGAGAGGCCAGGGCAGGUCGGGCUCAGCCUCUUGCUUGCUGUGGGGCUUCUCGCAGGCUCCGUUUCCUCCUCCGAGGCGUGCUCGGGGGCUGGGGGAGCGCGUGCUUAGACCCCCCUCUCCCUUCCAGCGAGCCCUGCUCCCAAUUUUGACAAGCUCACUUCCCGCUGGGCUUGGAGCGACUGGGCCCACUUGCAACCACAGAGACACAGCCCAAGCACAGGUGCUCUGGCAGGGGCGGGCUAGGUGGCGAUGCUGAGCUGCUGGGUGAGGACCCCUGCAGGCCCCCUGUGUGGCCAGCACCUCCGUCCCUGGCCUCCUGCAGCCCAUGUGCGGGCUGGGCAGGGAUCCUGUUCUUUCCAGCCCUCAGAGCCGCCCUCCUGUGCUCCAGGGUCGCCACCUCCGCUCUUGGCAGGGGGGUGCCCAGUUACCACUGCACACCCUCAGGCGUGCUCUUUAACCAGUGGUAGGGACGCUUGUCCCCAUUUUGCAGACGAGGAGACAGGCCCAGAGAGGGGAAGCCACGCACCUGUGCCCACAUGGCUGGGCUGGGUUAUGACCCGUACAACCCCGAGCUGCCCAAGUCCCCCGCCCAGAGGGAGAAUGGCGCCCUGGGCAGGGGCGACGCGCCCCGCUCAGACAUCCUGGAGCUGGAGCUGGUCACCCAGGCCAUCGAGGCCGUGCGCUCCGAGGUGGAGCUGGAGCAGAGGCGGUACCGGGAGCUGCUGCAGACGGCCCGCGGGCACCGCUCGGCCGCGGCCCCCGCCCUGGCGCCCCCCGGCCCCGCCGCCGGCCUCGACGCGGAUGCCUUCCCACUGGCCUUCGACUACAGCCCCGGCGGCCGUGGCCUGCUAAGCCCCGAUGCCAGCUACCAGCCCACCCCGCUGGCCACGCCCGCCGAGCCCGGCAGCAAGUACUCGCUGGCCUCCCCAGACCGGGGCCAGGGCCACAGCGGAGGGGGCGGCGGCGCCCUGGAGUACGUCCCCAAGGCCGUGGGCCAGCCCCGGCGGUACGGCCGCCCCGUCUCCAGCGGCAAGUACGUGGUGGACAACUCCAAGCCAUCUACAGACCUGGAAUACGACCCUCUGUCCAACUUCUCUGCCCGCCUGCUCAGCAGGGCCAGCGCUAAGGACGACAGGGCCCCCAAGCGGCCCCGGGGCUCCCGCGGCAGCGAGCCCUACACACCCGCACCCAAGAAGCCCUGCGACCCCUUCGGCGGCUGCGACGCCAGGUUCUCGGACUCGGACGAUGACGCCGCCGCCGCUCCAAGUGCCGGGCCCGCCGCCGCCAGCCCCGCGACAGCCCGCGCGGGCCCUGCGAGCACGGCCCCGGGGAGGCCAGGCUCCCGGGACGGCCCGGAGCCCGAAGAGGGCAGCCUGCGGGAGACCAAGGAGAUGGCCGUGCAGUACGACGUGGAGGACCUCGGGCGGCCCGCCAGGGGCCCAGGCGAGCCGACCCCGGCCAAGCCCGGCUCUCCAGCCAGGGCCUCACAGGAGCGCAGCAGCCCCAAGGAGGGCAGGCCCAAGAAGAAGAAAAGCGGGGUGCUGCCGGCCGCCAGCCACAGGGACGGUGUCCGGAAGACAGACAAGGGUAAGGACGCAGAGCGUGGGAAGCCGGCCGGGAAGCCCUGUGCGGACCGGAGGGGCCCGCAGGCCGGCAGCCCCCGGCACAGGGCGGAGCGGCCCCAAGGGACCAAGAAAAAGCCAUCUUCGGCCACUCCGGUGGCCAGCUCAGGGAAAGGCCGGCCCGACCGGCCGGGACCGCGGCCCAGCCCCGCACGGGGGGCUGCCCGCCAGCUGCCGGAUGGGACGGGCGGGAAGACCCCGUCCGGGAAGCUGGUGGAGCGGAAGGCCCGCUCGCUGGACGAGGGCGCCCCCCAGGACGCCCCCAGGCUGCCACGGCGGGCCCUGAGCCACGCCGAGCUCUUCGGGGACGAGAGCGAGGACGAGGGCCCCGGGCCCCAGGCGCCCGCCCCGCGACCACCCGCUCUCCCCAGCCUCAGCUCCAGCUCCGACUCGGACACGGACUCGGACUCCAGCCUGGGCCUUUCGGCCGCGCGGGGGCCAACCAAACGCCUCAAGGCCUCCCCGCCCCCCGCAGCCGGGGGGUCCCGUGCCGCCCCGCCCUCCGCCGCCUCCUCCUCCGCCUCCUCCGGGGCGGGCUCCGACGUGGACUACGCGGCCCUGGAGAAGGAGGUCGACUUUGACUCCGACCCCAUGGAGGAGUGCCUGCGCAUCUUCAACGAGUCCACCGCCGUCAAGACGGAGGACAAGGGCCGCCUGGCCCGGCAGCCCCCCAGGGAAGAGAAGACUGAGGACCAGGGGCGCUCAGGGCUGACCACUCUGUUUCCUGGGCAGAAGAGGCGGAUCUCUCACCUCUCCAGGCCCGGCAAGGAGGCGGAGCCCACGAGGAGAGGCCCAGCGCCCCCCACCCGGCCCCCCACGGCGCAGGAGGUGUGCUACCGACGGGCCCAGCAGGCGCAGAGGGAGUCAGCCGGCUGGCUCCAGGCCGCGCAGCAGCUGGCCGAGAAGCCGUCCUCCGUGCACAUCUCGGCCCCCGGGGAGAAGCGGAGGAUCGCCCACGUCCCCAACCCCCUCUUGGCUGCAGCCCCUACAGGCGCCAAGAGGACCCUCUCGGCCAGCAGCAGCCAGCCCCCCAAUGGCCCCGAGCUGGGCAGCCAGCCCCUGAAGACGCGCACGCUGUCGGGCAUGGCGUCCAAGACCACCACCACCGCGGCCCCCAGGCGCGUGGCGCACAGCCCGUCCUUACAGAGUCUAAAGAAGCCCGUUAUCCCAAAAGAGUUCGGGGGCAAGGUCCCCACUGUCGUCCGCCAGCGCUAUCUCAACCUGUUUAUUGAAGAGUGCCUCAAGUUUUGCUCUUCUGACCAGGAAGCCAUAGAGAAGGCACUCAGCGAGGAGAAGGUGGCCUACGACCGCAGCCCCAGCAAGAACAUCUACCUGAACGUGGCCGUGAACACCCUCAAGAAGCUGCGCGGCCUGGGCCCCAGCGCCGGGCCCGGUCUCAACAAAACCAGCGGCCGGAGGGUGGUGUCCCACGAAGUGGUGCUGGGGGGCAAGUUGGCUGCCAAAACCAGCUUUUCGCUCAGCCGCCCCAGCAGCCCCCGCGUGGAGGACCUGAAAGGGGCCGCGCUGUACAGCCGCCUCAAGGAGUACCUGCUCACCGAGGAGCAGCUCAAGGAGAACGGCUACCCCUUCCCGCACCCCGAGAAGCCGGGGGGCGCCGUCAUCUUCACGGCCGAGGAGAAGAAGCCCAAGGACUCUUCCUGCAGGGUCUGCUGCCGCUGCGGCGCCGAGUACCUCGUGGCCCCUUCCGGCCGCUGUGUGCGCCUCGAGGAGUGCUCCUACCACUGGGGGCGGCUCCGUCGCAACCGAGUGGCUGGUGGCUGGGAGACCCAGUACACGUGCUGCUCGGCCGCCAUCGGCUCCACCGGCUGUCAGGUCGCCAAGCAACACGUGCAGGACGGCAGGAAGGAAAACCUCGAAGGGUUUGUGAAGACUUUUGAGAAAGAACUCUCAGGAGACGCGCAUCCAGGAGUCUACGCCCUCGACUGCGAAAUGUCCUACACCACAUACGGCCUGGAGCUGACGCGCGUCACGGUGGUGGACACGGACCUCCAGGUUGUGUACGACACCUUCGUCAGGCCAGACAACGAGAUCGUGGACUAUAACACUAGGUUUUCAGGGGUGACCGAGGCCGACCUUGCGGACACGAGCAUCUCGCUGCGGGACGUGCAGGCCGUCCUGCUGAGCAUGUUCAGUUCAGACACCGUCCUCAUCGGCCACAGCCUGGAGAGCGACCUGCUGGCCCUGAAGGUCAUCCACAGCACGGUGGUGGACACGGCCGUGCUGUUCCCGCACCGCCUGGGCCUCCCCUACAAGCGCUCCCUGCGGAACCUCAUGGCCGACUACCUCAGACAGAUCAUCCAGGACAACGUGGACGGGCACAGCUCCAGCGAGGACGCCAGUGCCUGCAUGCACCUGGUGAUCUGGAAGAUCCGAGAAGACGCCAAGACCAAGCGGUGACCGCCGCCCGCCCACCUCUCCCGCAGCCCCGGCCCGUCCUCUGCCCCAGGCCUCUUCCAAAACAGUGCAAUAAAUCUCGAGAGCUAACCCUGUCCACGUCGCCGAGACACGGAAAACCAAGAGAACGGGACGAGCCGGCGGCAGAGAGAGCCCGACGCCGAGAGCGACCCCCGGAGCCCCGCGCCCCCGCCCCUGCCUCCGCCCCAGACCUCUGUCCUCCGGAGACGGCUGCUGACCCGACGGGCGAGGCGGGGCCCUGCCGCCUGGCUCCCCGGCAGCCCUGCUCGUGCCCCUCCUUGGGGCGGGGGGCGCGGGCGGCCGGGCCGGCUUGUCAAGGGUAUGUUUGUGACAGGGGUUGUCUUUUUAUUUUGUAUUGUUAUUUUUAUUAUUUUUAAUUUAAAUCUGAUGACUUGCACAGUUGUCUUCCCCCACCUGGAGGAGCAAGACCCUGGUGCUGCCUUCCUUCCCGGGGGUGGGGGUGGGGCUGGGAGCAGCCAGCGGGCACCCCAGCAGCCGCCAGGACUGGGGGCUCCGCCCAGCCUGGGCCCGGAUGGGUGGGGACUGGCCUCUGCGGCCCACCUGCACCCCAGGACUUCUGGGAACCAAGCCAGUCCCUGCAUCAGCCCCCAGGGCCUUGCCUUCUGGACGCCUCAGGGCCCGCCGGCCUCUGGACACUGUCUUCCCGCCAGGGCCCCGCCCUCCCCCGGGGGCUGUCUGUAAAGACCCUCAGCCCCCCAGUUCCCAGGCCCGCUCUCCCCCACCCCCAGGCAGGGGCAGAAUAAAUGUUUGUAUGGAUUUUAGA